AUGGACGAAACGAAACUAAUAAAAGCUGCUACCGAUCGUAACCAAAUCGGCAUAAUUAAGUCGAAGGAAGUAGAACCUGGAGUAUUUAUUGGAAACUGCCUAGUAAACUCCGACGACUACACAUGCUCUAUAAGCAUAGUGAACACGACCGAAAAAGCCGUAAAAAUAAAUAUGCUGAUUGUCACCGUAGAGACGUUACCGGCGGGCCGAGCGAAGAAUGUUCUCAUGUUACGCGAAGCAGAUAACGCGAACGCCGAGUUCCUGGGGCCGCGCGCGGAGCGCCUACGGCAUCGGCGACAAAAUACUGCCUCGCGACAAAAUACUGCCAUUAAAACAGAGCAAAAUCCGAGCGGAGACGAAGAGUCUUUAUUUACCGAAAGCGAAAAUGAAGAAGACGCAAGGAAUAACACGGCACGCGCCGGACGAGCGCGUCAGGUUACACAAGUGCUGACGAAACCACGUAUGAGCACUGGCCUAAAUCUUGUCACGUUGCCGAUAAAAGAAACGCAAAAAGGAAAACUGAAUUUCCUAUUAGACUCAGGUGCAACCGUGACAUUGACGGAUGCAAGUUCGGUGGGCUUAGGCGCGGUGUUAACUCAGAAGAUCGAGGGCGCCGAACGAGUGAUAGCUUUCGCGAGUAGAUCGCUGUCGGACGCCGAGACGCGAUACUCCACAACCGAACAAGAAUGCCUAGCCGUCGUGUGGGCUAUAAAGAAGUUUCGGCCGUACUUGGAGGGGUACCACUUUACGGUUAUUACGGACCACAGCAGUCUCCGCUGGCUGCACAACCUAAAGAAUCCUACAGGACGCUUGGCGCGUUGGGCUCUCGAGUUAUUAGAAUACGACUACGCGAUCGAACAUAGAAAAGGCGCGAUGCACCACGUGCCGGAUGCGCUGUCGAGAGUUUACGAAUCCGACGGAGAGCUUUGUGUCGUGGCCGCGAUCGCCGACGAAUGGUAUAAUCGUCGAAUGGACGCGGUCAGGGAACAUCCGGGAAAAUAUUCGGAAUUGUCGGACGGUGAGAGGGCGCGAUUAGAGAGAUUUUUGGCAACCGAAAUAACGGGCGAUCCGGAAAGACCGGGAACGACGAGUUUGACGGAACAUCGUAUUGACGUCGGGGGACACGCGCCCAUUAAGCAGAGGUAUUAUCCAGUUUCGCCAAAGGUGCAGGAGGCGAUCUACAAGGAAAUAGAUAAAAUGUUAGAUGCGGGGAUAAUCGAACCAUCGAAAAGCGAAUGGUCGACCCCCAUAGUAAUGGUAAAGAAACCGAACGGCAGCUAUCGGUUUUGCUUGGACUUUAGAAAGCUAAACAGUGCAUCCAAGAAAGACGCCUACCCCUUGCCUUACAUGAACGCGAUACUGGAUAAGCUACGAGCAGCGCGAUAUAUAUCCACCAUUGACUUGAGCCAGGCAUAUUUCCAGAUCCCGCUCGAGAUAAAUAGUCGCGAGUUAACCGCCUUUACCGUGCCGGGAAAAGGCUUGUUCCAUUUUACGCGCAUGCCGUACGGUUUGACUGGUGCCCCGGCAACGUUCCAAAGAUUAUUAGAUCGCUUGAUAGGUCCGGAAAUGGAACCGCAUGCCUUCGCUUAUUUAGAUGACAUCGUCGUGGUAACGCCUACAUUCGAAGAACAUAUUAAAUGGCUCAAGAAAGUUUUCGAGCGUAUUAGGGAAGCCGGCCUUACGGUUAAUCCGGAAAAGAGUAAGUUUUGUCGGUCGCAGGUUAAAUAUCUCGGAUUUUUAGUGCAGAACGAGGGUUUAACGUCCUGCGAGAAAUCGGGCGAUUCUCGCGCGGCACAAUGCGCCGUCUUCAACAAUGUGCCAUACAGCGGACAACUGCUGAAAUGGUAUCCCCAUUACGACCCGGCUAGGCCGUGCGCUUUGAUCUGUCGCGGCGAGCAGACUCUCGAAAACGGCGUUAGACGGUCGCGGCAGGAAGUGCCGUCGACGGGCGGGAAGACGGCGCCGCGCGAUUCCACGGACAGCCUGCAAUUCGACAGCGACGAGACGAUAGUGGUGCAACUGGCGGAUAAGGUGGAGGACGGCACGAGAUGUUACGCGGAGAGCACGGACGUGUGCAUAGGCGGCGAGUGCAUGAAGGUUGGUUGCGACCUUCGAGUUGGUAGUAACAAGAACACAGAUGCGUGUGGCGUGUGCGGAGGGAAUGGAUCAAGCUGCCAAUCGCGAUACUCCUGGAGUUUGGAAUCGAUAUCCGCCUGUUCCAAGUCCUGCGGUGGAGGUUUCAAGAUAGGGAUGGUGGUGUGCAAAUCGGCCGACGAGAGCGUCGUGGAGGACAGCUAUUGCGAUGCAAACAGCAAACCUUCGGGGAAGUCCUUAAUGCCGUGCAACACGCACCCCUGCACAACAAAGUGGAUGAGCGGGGACUGGAGUGCGUGCAGCGCGAGCUGCGGCGGCGGUUCGCGAACAAGGUCCGUCUUCUGCACUGAGGAGAACGGGAACGAAACCACGAAGCUGCCCGAUCACAAGUGUAGUAGCACGCACAAGCCGCGCAUUCAGGAGACCUGCAACACCGUAUCCUGCCCGAUGUGGGAGACCGAUAAAUGGAGCGAGUGCUCCGUGACCUGUGGCACCGGAAUACGGACGAGGACGAUCGAAUGCAGAGACGGUGUUGGUGCCAUCUCCAGGGACUGCGACCCCGCGGAACGCCCUCAUACCGAGCAGGAGUGCAAGAUGAACGUCGCAUGUCCCACAUAUGGUGACGGUAUGACGCAGCCCCUGGUGCAGCCGUAUCCGCUAUCCCCAGUGUCGGAGAAAUUGAUGGACCAACCGAUACCUUCCGAAUCGACGUUCAUCGCCGAAGAAUGGUCCGCCUGCAGCGUCACCUGCGGCAUGGGCUUCAGGCAGAGGAAGGUGCACUGCAAGAUAUUCCUCGAAUUCAGCCAGACCAUCGCCAAGCUGCCGGACAGCCAGUGCUCCGGCCAGAAGCCCAUCGACAGGGAGUCGUGCACGAUGGAGUCGUGCAACUUGCUGGAGAACAGUCUGUCCUACAGGAUUGACCCGGCCGGCAAUAGCGAAUACGCCGAGUCGAGCCUGACGGACUCGUAUAGUAGAUCAUCGUCCGGCAGUUCCGGCGGAAGCGGCUACGACAGCGGUAUCAAGGUCGCCCCGGGUAGCGACGUGCAAACUACGUACUCGUGGAAGGAAACCGGCUACACCCCCUGCAGCGCGACAUGCUUAGGAGGUGUUCAAGAUCUUAUUAUAAACUGUGUGCGGGACGACACCGGAAAAACGGUGAUGCCGCUUUUAUGCUCCGCGGAAACGAAGCCGGAGGCGAGGAUACGAGUCUGCAACGACCAUCCGUGUCCACCGAGGUGGAAUUAUAGCGAAUUCUCCACUUGCAUGAGCCCUUGCGGUAUUGGUAUACAGACACGUGACGUUACCUGUAUCCACGAGGUGACACACGGCACCGGCAAAGCAGUGCCCGUUCCAAAUUACAUGUGUCCGCAACCACCGCCCGCCGACAGACGAUACUGCAAUGUACUGGAUUGUCCUGUCAAAUGGAGCACGGGGGAAUGGGGGAAGUGCUCGAAAACGUGCGGCGGUGGUGUGAAGAAGCGAGAAGUGGUUUGCGAGCAGAUAAUGGCGCAAGGUCGCAAGCAGAGUCGCGAGGAACGUGAAUGCCCGGCUCAAAGGCCAGCCAGCGAGAAACCCUGUAACACCAGAGCCUGCCACGACACGGACACAAGCUCCGGCGUAUUGCCGAUCAUCACGAGCUUGAACACGACGUACAAUCAAUCGGAUAUCAAUGCGAAAGUGGACUUGAAGAUCGGCGGAAUCGCCAAGAUUUUUCAAGGGACACCGUCUAUCAAGAUUCGCUGUCCCGUUCGGAAGUUUGACAAAGCGCAGAUUGUAUGGACGAAAGACAAUAAGGAAAUACGAAAAUCGAGGAAAUACAAGAUUAGCAGGAAGGGAGCUUUGAAGAUAAUCGAUAUAGUUUCCUCGGACUCGGGAGUCUACGGUUGUAUUGCGGGAAAUUCGCACGCAGAGACGCAGUUGAUAGUGAAAUUUCGCUCCAAAGAGCAGAUAAGUAGCGAGGAAUAUUUACGACUCGGCAAUUCCGUUCACCUACAACGGAACGCAAACCUCGACUCUGCACCGGCGAAUUCUGGUGAAAGUCCGUACACUGAUCAUGCAGCAGCCUACGGAAACCGUUUUGAUAGCGAGGACUUGAGCCAUGAACGUGCGUUUCCGAGCAAACCAACGAGAAAACCACAUCAAAAGAAGCAGAAAACCAGUCCCGCGCCGUCAGAUGCCACGAUGAUGCACAAAGAGCAUACUGUUACCACUCUCAAUCAGCCGGGAUAUCACGAGUCCGUGGAAUCACCUGCUCCAUCAAGUGCUUCUACUCUUGUACCGCACUUGAGCUACUUGAUAUCGAGCUUGAAGGCCUAUUGGCCGUUUCACAGCGAAAUAGCCACGAGUAAUAGUCGCAAGACCGUUUCCACGCCAUUUGUCGAGGACGGGCAUAAACGGACGGCGACGACGAAGCGUAGAAUGUCCAACAGGGAGACCGACUUCACGUAUCAAAGUGUAGAGAAUAGCUUUGACAAUCUAUACCGUAACACAGCCAUCCCGGACGAGACCUUUGGCCCGGACGAGGAGCGGAUAUUUAUCGACGUCGAUCCGUACGAUCUGGACGAAUCUGUAUUCGGGCUGCAGCACGGCGACGGCGUCAAGUCGGAUAUAAUGGAGAAAGUUGAUACCGAGCUCACCACGAAGUCCGAUAUCGAUUAUAUCGAGGAGUCGUUAAAAAAUGUGAAGCGGCAGUGGCAAGAGUCGAGGAACGGCGGGUACAAAGAUCAGUGGAGCACCACGCCCAAAAGUCACGUCCAGAGCGGAGGCACGACGGAAUCUAUCACGUCUCCGCGGCAAUAUCACGCCGUAAUGGGCAUGUAUUACGUUGAGGACUCGAGCACAAGAAGGGAAAUGCUCAAGGAGGCAGACGGUUUUACCGACGAUAGCGAUAAGUCCAUCAAUCACGGCGUUUAUGGGAACUCGAGAACCGAAGAUCCAUCGACCGUCACCGCGACAAUGAUGUCUAGAAGUCUUGAAGAUCAAUUAAGGAUACCGGAGUCGGAUCAUCGUAGUUCGAACCGCGCGAACAGGACAAUCGAGUACAGCGACGCGUUCGAGGAGGAGUUGGAUAAGCGGAAAAUCGAACCGUAUGUGGAGAAUCACACGGCGGAUUAUACAAUCGCGCGAUUUCCGACUACUAGGGAUCUGGAAAAUAGACCGGUGGAAGACCCGACGUUGAUAGAUGAUCGGAGGCCGGGCGUUGUCGGGGAGAAUCCUGACGAGAGCGUAAGAAACUUAUCUCGCAAUCGAGAGGAUCACACGGGCUCCAUGGAAAAGGUCUUUUCGGUUAAUCUAAAAGAAGUGUUUAGAGAGGGGCAACGUUCAACCGAUGAAGUUAAACUCGCGAACGUUCUGACCUCCACUGUAACGGGGGAGGACGAUACAACGAAAGAUCCCGCUGUAGAAUCGCUCGCUGCACUAGCUACGGAUAUGGUUCCGGUGUACGAGUGGGUUACGACCGAUUGGUCAAAGUGUUCUCAGACUUGCGGAGGAAGUGGAUUCCAGAUGCGAGGUGCGCAGUGUACGGUUCGAUCAACGAAAACGGAAGGCAAUUCCACGCGCGUUUCGCCAAAGACAGUCAUCGGCCAAAAGCUGUGCGAGGACGCUGGAUAUCCGGUGCCGCAGAAAGUGAGACCCUGCGGAAUAGGCAAGUGUCCCCAGUGGCACACCACGGAAUGGACUCCGUGCGAAACGUCCAGAUGCUUCAACUGGAAGACGGCGAUGCAGAAACGGGACAUCAGCUGUCGUUUGGUGGACGACGCGGAGGACGGUCGCGAGAAUGUCACGCUGUUGGAUCCGAGCAAGUGCGACGAGGCCACCAGGCCGCUACAAAGACAGGAAUGCUACAAUGACGCCUGUAAAGGUGUCUGGAGGGUCGGCGAGUGGACCGAGUGCACCGCGUCUUGCGAGGAAGAUGGUAUCAAGUAUAGGAUUUUACAAUGCGUCUGGUUCGGCACGAAGAAACCGGCAGGGAACGCUUGUAGAGAUAUACCACGACCUCCUGUAAUGAAAACAUGCAGAGGUCCGCCUUGUCCUCAGUCUACCGCAUUCGUAGAAGAUUGCAAGGACCACUCACAGCUGUGCAGCAGAGUGAAAACGAUGAACGUAUGUAAGGUGCCGCUGUACAAGAAACAGUGCUGCGCAUCGUGUCGCUAGAUUCAAGAUAUUGUAAGUGACUCAUUGUGAGGAUUAGACAAAAUGAGCGAUAAUGAUGAGUGCGCGUGAGACCGAGAGUGUAAAUCGUGAUUAGUCGGACAAUUACUACGUGACAUAUAUAAACGCACCCGGGAUGCCUGUUGUUAGUAAAUUACAUAACGCACGCAGAAGGAGCGUGCCCACACUGUGGAAUAACGUUGCACAGUAUUAAGAUGUCCGAUUUAUAGAGUAAAAAAGAAAAACAAAAAGUAUCCAAGAAAGGAGAGUUGACCAAAAACUACUUCGCUGUAAUAAUUUCCUCGUCGUGUCGUGAGAGCCGGUUUCACCUCUUCGCCUCGCGAGCAAUUCUCGUGUAACAAAGAAAAAAAACCCCGCCAAUCUUAACAGUUUCUAAUUAAUUAAAUCAUAAUUUUCUAACGUAUGUCACGCGUAUAGUUCAGCGCGAUUCCUGUAAAUUGUAUUGCUCGCGUUCACAUUACCUUUACUUGAAGGAAGAAAAUAAUGGAAAUUCGGCAUUUCGUCCACAAAAAAGUUAAGAGCGUUAUAUUGUUAUAGAGUUCGAUGGGAGGAAAGGGGAGUAGAAAUUUAUUACUACGUCCUGGAAAGAUCGUUAUUGCGACAUUAUAUCGUUGAUAUCGACACGUUAUUUAAAUGUUGUCAAUGUUGGUGCUUAAGUCGCACGGAAAAUGGCUUUAAACAGAACGAUAUUCAAAUUUUAAUAAAAACACUAAGUCUGGAAAGUUGAGAAGAAUACGUUGUUUGUGUCGCGAUGCACAUUAGAAAUAUUCUUGACACUUAAUUUCUUUUUCUAACGUCUAUUCCCCGUCGCAGUUAAAUACAACCGUCUCCGUUUAUUUCUGAAGCGAAAGAAAGUCAUCCUUUUAAGACUGAAACGCUCUUCGGAUAUAUCAUUAUUCUUGGGCAUUAAAUGUAAAGAGACGUUUCGUUUAUGUUCUAAACACUAAAAAAUCAAUUGACAUUCCGCUAUAAACAGAAGAAAUUAUAAGUAUCUUCGCUCUAUUCAUGUCGCAUAUAUUUAUUGAUAUGUUAUCUCUCCCUCUUUCCGUUACGUUUAUAAAUUUCGAUAUAAAUAAAAUUGACAUUCCGUUAUAAACAGAAAGAAAUUGUAUAUCUUCGCUCUGUCCCUAACAUAUAUAUUUAUUGAUAUGUUAUCUCUCCCUCUCUCCGUUACGUUUAUACAUUUCGAUAUAAAUUAUUGCGAAUGUGUAAAAUAUAAAGUUAUUUAAAAACAAGGAUAUAAGUUAUCAAAUUAUUGCGCGCCUAUUUAAGCGUCCCGUCGGGCGAUCUUAAGCCAAUAGAUAUCCAAUAAGCAAUAAAAGAAGAUACAUAAGUAUUGUAAUAUAAUAUUUUGUUAAUAAUCUCUGGCGAAAAUUCGUGAACAUGACCAUUCCGUUGUUGGUUGAAGGGCCCGACUUUACUUAUGUGCCUCUAAUAUCACUUCUCACACUAUCUAGAUAUUACCAGUAGUUACGAAUAUUCAUUUGUCGCGUAUUAUUACUCGUAGAACUUAUCAUAGAAUUCGAUGUUUUUCAACAAGAGCGAGUUUCCCUCGCGCGCGGAUAUUGACUGUACGUGAAAUGUAAUGAGGAUUUGGCCCACCCUUUUACAUACAAUGAUUAAUCUUAUUAAACGUUUAAUUGCAUCACAGGCGCUGCCGGAAUUCUUCGUAGGAGACAUGCACAUCAGCGAGAAUAUUUUUAAAAGUCUAUUAAAGUAC